AUGGAAGUCCCCGACUUGGAGAGAUGGUGGUACGAGCCUGAGCCUGAGAAGCUGCGUUGUCUGGUUUGCCAGCAGAGCUUCGGGCAGAAUGCUCUCAUACGCACCUUUAGAGUGGCAUCGACAGAUGCCUACCAAGAUCGGAGCUUUCAAUGGAGCAAAGCCAUCAAUACACACAUGGGCUCAAUGGUUCUCCUCUUCGAUAGGCACUUGGAAUGCAUCCAUAAGGCACAGGUCCCUCUUUUCGCCAUUUCGCAUGUAUGGGAUCCCAAGGUAUCUAUCACACAGCAACGUCGACAUCGUCCCUCCCAACCCUUGGACGUGAGAAGGCUUGUCGUAGAAGAGCCUAUGCAUAUUUUUCGCGGAUGCCAGAGGUCUGCUGAAGGGUAUUGGGAACUCUGGCAUGACUACUUGAGUGUUCCCCAAUGGACAGACAUAUUGAAGAAUCGAAUUCUUCAAGUCAUACCAGACAUCUUCAACCGGGCGCAUACAACAACCGCAUAUUUAGACGACGUUCAUCUACAUCAUGUUCACCAACUACAAAACGGCAAAACACUUGAUGAGCGUCUGUCGGGUAUAACUGGCAUAUGCAAAGCAAAGUGGUUUAAGCGAAUGUGGACGGCAAUGGAAUUCGUUCGCAGCCGACAGGUCAGGAUGAUGGUUGCAGACUAUUUGCUCCUUGAGCCUUCCAACGAUCCCAUGCUCCUCAAUAAGCUUCACAAAGUAUAUGACGAAGAGGUUCAAAAGUCUGGAGACAGUGUAUACUCCCUUGAAGCUCGUGUCAACAUGAUUUCGGGAAACCUGGUUCCGUGGUGCUUGGGUCCUCUCAGAGAGAUCCGCUUUUCGCAGCCCACAAACUUUGGCAUGGCCUUCGCAUUGCUCUCAAAAUGGUUGUACCGUGAUGGGAUCGACUUCCUCCACGCUCUCCGAGGAAUCACUAGAGCCCCUCAAAAAGCAAUGACGGGUGGAUUCUAUCCAGAACUCGUAUCUAUAGCUAAGGAUUGUCUCCUAGCAGGCGACUAUAGCCCGCUUCUUCUAACCCCAAAACUAACCGUAUUCGAUCGACGUCUGCAACCUGAAGAAAAUUACAACUUCAACGAUGUCUGGACUUGGUAUAUGGGCAACGAAGUUGAAUCACCCCUCCACCCAGAAGGAAUCUCGUUAGAUCCUGAAGGAACCGACAUGUCCGUGAAACUUCAGUCUAUCGGCGUGGUAGACAUGAUUAUAGUGCCUCCCUAUGGAGAUCCCUGGUCUCAUUUUGCGUGGUGUAUUGAAACAGCUCUCACCUUGACCGGGCCGAACCUGGAUCCCUUCAUAGCCACUCUAGGCUCAAGACUGUUUGGGGCGAACACAGACGACAUAAUUCGGCAUCUCAAAGACAACAACCUCGUCGAUAAGUUCAGUGAGGCUUUACAAGCGCAUCGCGGAAGCUGUUUCUGGAAACCUUGGCAAAUUGAGUCUCUCGGUCUCCAAGGAGACGCUGUUCUGCAUUGGCUCGCAGACGCCUUGUUGAUGACCACCACCGUCGAAGGUUUCAGUCAUGAUCGUCUCGAACUUGUCCAUACCAGGUUUAAUACCAUGCAUUGCGGCCCGCAUGCUUACAUUGCCACGAUCACUUGCUCGCACUGCCGGGCGACUUCUUUAUUCCGCGUCGGAUUAUAUGCACCCACAUAUGAGGUUCGUGGUGCCCACGCAUGGAGGAUCCCUGGGCUCCAGUAUCAGUGGUCACAUCGCGGCGGCAUGGCCAUAUUGGAGAAAAAUGGACUUGUAGUCGGUCGAAUGAUGUGGGCGACGCCGUCCUGUGAUUGCCAGGAAACAGAAGUGAUUGAACUGCAGAUGCCGGACUUGCCUGAUCCACGUUACUACAUUAAGUGGGGAGACAAAGAGAAUACUUUUGGAAAAGAUGUUAGUUGA